AUGUCAAAUAUAGGUGAAGUAAUAUUUGAUCGUUCAUCAGAUAAUCAUGAAGAAAUAUGGGAUGAUACUGAAUUAAUUCGUGCUUAUGAUCGAGCUCAUUCAUCAAUAAAUAAAAAUGAAAAAAAUUCUCAAACAAAUAAUAAACAUAAAACUAAAAAAAUCGAUGUAAAACAAUCAUCUACAAUGAGAAUUCCUACACCAAUGCCAAUAAACAUAAUAACUCCACCAAAAAAUGAACAAGAUGCUUUUCAUUCAAUGUUAAUGGCUUGGUAUAUGGCUGGUUAUCAUGCUGGACAACUUGCUGCCAAAAAUUGGAAGACAGACAGUUAA